AUGCAUCUAAUAUUCUCUUUUCACGAAAAUCCUAUUGAUGCAUGGAACGAUCUUCAUGAAAGAUUUUCUAAAGCUGAUAGAAUCUGUAUUUUGACUAUGCGAUCAAAGAUCAAUAAUUUGCGCCAAAACUCAAGGUCUGUUAUGGAGUACUUCCUUGAGAUUAAGAGUUUAUGGGAAGAGCUUAAUUCCCACAGACCUUUACCUAUAUGUGUAUCUUUUAGAACUCAAGUGUUGAUUAUGGAUCCAUUGCCAUCCAUAAAUCGCAUUUACUCUCUAGUUGUGCAAGAAGAGAGUCACCACCAAACCACCACACCACCUGAUGAGUCUUCUGUCCUUGUGAAUGCUGCUCAAAAAUACGACUUCAAACACAAAGGUGGUUUCCACAAGAACACUCCUCGUGUUUGCACAUUUUGUAAUAGAACUGGUCACACUGUUGAUUUCUGUUACCAGAAGCAUGGCCAUCCCAACUUCAAUAAGAACAAAUCUUUUAUCAAUGCUAGCCAAGUGGAGAACUCCUCCAAUGAUUCUCAUAAAAUUGCACCAGUCAAGAUAACUUUACCUAAUGGUAAUAGCACUACUGUUCAAUAUGCUGGUAAUGUCAAAUUUACACCUCUCCUAUAUCAUAAUCAUGUUCUCUUUGCACCAGAGUUAGAACUUAACCUCAUUUCCAUAUCUAAAUUGUUCUAUGCGUUGACAUGUUAUGCUGUUUUUUCUCUUGACCAAUGCUUCUUGCAGGAACUGAAUACAUUGAGGAUGAUUGGUUUGGGUAGAAAAGAUAAUGGCUUAUAUAUCUUGCAGCUAGAGGACACUCAUUCUAAAGAAAUCCCUGGACCUCACCAAGCUCAAUUACCAUUCCAACAUCCACCUCAAGCCAACACAUGUCAUACUACUGAUUCCCUUUUCUCUUCACAUAACCAAAAUGUUGCAAUACCUAAGUCUGCCUUAUGGAACUUUAGAAUUGGUCAUGUGUCUCCCAAAAGAAUAUCUCAAAUUUCCAAAUUGUAUUCCUCUUUUGAUGUUGACAGUCAUGCUACUUGUGACAUUUGGCAUUUAGCAAGAUAG